UUCAAACCUUCUCACACUUCCGCUUACCCAAUAUAAAGACACACUUACAUCUUUCUGCUUCAAGAGCUCCAAAAGCAUCGUCCUUUUUCCCUGAGUCGGAUUCUCAGAUUACUCAGGGUGUGUUCAUAAGAAUAUCCAGAAGGUUCUUGGAUGAAGAUGGUUCUGAGCAGCCGAACUGUCUGUGUUCUUAUCGUUAAUUUCUGGUUCCUACUUAGUUGUAGCGUCAUGACCUACGGGACUGUGACUGAUAUCUUCUGCUUGAAAAGUAUAAAAGAUUCACUUGAAGACCCGUAUGGUUAUCUGAAGUCUUCCUGGGAUUUCAACAACAUCACAGAAGGAUUUAUCUGCAGAUUCACUGGUGUCGAAUGUUGGAACUCUCGUGAGAAUAGAGUCAUAAAUCUGAAGCUGUCAAACAUGGGGCUCAAGGGCCAGUUUCCACAUGGCAUUCAAAACUACUCCGGCUUAUCAGGAUUGGAUCUGUCAAUGAACAAACUUUCGGGGAAAAUUCCUGCAGAUAUUGAUGUUCUUCUUCCAUAUGGGGUAACUCUUGAUAUAUCUUCCAAUAACUUUUCCGGGAAAAUCCCCAAGAGUGUUGCAAAUUGCAGCUAUCUCAAUUCCCUUAGACUUGAUCGGAAUCGAUUCAGUGGGCAAAUUCCUGGAGAAUUGAGCAAGCUCGGAAGGCUGAAGACAUUUACUGUGACGAACAAUCUUUUAAUAGGUCCAGUACCGAAGCUUCCACAAGUGCCAGCUGAGAGCUAUGCAAAUAAUUCUGGUCUCUGUGGCAGUCCCUUACCACCUUGCCAGCGAAAUUGAUGGCCUUGACGAAUAGGUUUGAAUUCUUAUAUUGCUCGUAGUAAUGAUAAUCCUUUUUGCAAGUCUUGUAAUAAUUACCGUGUGCCUGAUUGCCUUGGAGUUAGCACUAUUAUUUCCCUACCAACAUUUUCAAUCAUUAAUUAAAUGAUGAUGAUAAUGAUAUGGCCUAGUUGGUUUUUUGCAUCUCAUGCUGUUUUCUCUUGUUUUCGGUUUUUUCAAGAUGAUUGAUAUUCUUUUACACUUUGAGUUUGAUGAGCCCAAAAAUAUAAUGUAAAUUAAUGAUAGGUUGGUAUUUUGCGUGGAGAAGUUACACUUGGUCAAAA